GUCUUUCGAAUUGAAAUUUUAAACCUUGGAACAGAAUCAAGCCCAACGUGAUUUACGGCCAUCCAUCCCCGCUGCAACCUUGCAUCGGCUAUCAACUACAACUCCACGUACCUCGGAGCUUUUCUGCGGAUCACCUCUCUUGCCAGCAAAGAUUCCAGACAUAGCAUCAAGCUCCAAUGAAAUAGAACUACUUCUUCAUCAAACGAUGCCUUCAAGCAACGCCUCCAUCUCUGGAGUGGAUGUUUUGUUAUCGGGCCUCUUUGCUGACUGGGGUACCGACUCAACACUGAUUGCCUCAUUUAUUGCUAUCUUUCUAGCGUACAAAUUGUUCUUUUCGAAGGAUCCCGACACUCAUCCCUUCUUCCUUGCCAGACAAGCUGUUAGAGCCCCCAUAAGGUUGCCAGGAGAGUCUGCCAGUUUCCGCGCUCAUGACGUACCCCACGGUUAUCCGCUGAAGAGCGGGUUGAACGUGAAAGACCCUGACAAGCCAAAAUGGACAGCAGGUCGCAACGGCGAUCUCCGCGACAUCUGGCGAGCGGCUCUCCGAGGCUCACUAGCCACCGAUGGGACGCCGGCAGGGAAACAAGGGAAAUUCUAUACUGUGCUCGGGAAGGACGUUGCAGAGCAUAAGCUGGAUGAUAUCUCACAGGAGAUCAAUAUCAUUGGCCAGUACAUAUAUGAAUCAAGGGCACGAACUGUUGCUAUAUACCUCCCGGACUCCGUAGAAACUCUCGCUGCUAUUUUUGCUGGCGCGUUUUAUGGCUUCAAAAUCGUGUUGAUUCCUCGUCAGAUAUCUUCCGAAAGACUUCGAUCCUACCUAGCUAUGGCGGGUGUCGACCUCUUAAUUGCGGAAGCUGGCACAUUGGAGCUAUCUGCGUUGUUGCAGGGAGCCCCUUCACUGAGGGGCGCCGUUUGGGUUGCGAAUCAUGGCAGCCGACAUAUGGAUUGGAGCCAAGUACCGGAAGGGAUUGGAGGUGAUAUCGAGGUAGCUGUGUGGCAUGAGCUGGUCAAGGACAAAAAGGCUCUUGUAGGGACAGAGGUGCCAGCUACUGUUUCGGACACCCCAACCCACCCUAUUGUCGCUUUCUGGGCCACCUCAGCCGAGGAAGGACAAUUCGUUGAGUAUUCACCUGCUGCCUUGGUGGCCGGAAUUGCUGGCUUAGGCUCCGUCCUUCCCCAUGGCCAGCACCUAACAUCCUCUGACCUGGUUCUCUCCAUCGACUCCCUGACUCGCUCGUAUCCACUUUGUAUCAUCCUCGCCGCACUAUACGUGAACGCUUCCGUCGCAUUCAAUUCCGUUUCCGGCGAACAUGUUAAUUUUGCCCUUGCAACGGCUGGCAUCUCUCCCACCAUUAUCAUUGCCUCCUCCGAAACAAUGCAGAACUACCACACCGAAUAUAUGGCCCCUCAAAUAGGCCUCGUAGCCAAGUUUGGUCGAUUCAUACAACGCAGAUCUCUUGAUGGCGGUUCAAUGCCUAGGCAAAAUAUUCUUACCAAGCUUGCCAACUUGGGGCCCACCGCAGAACUGUCCCUUGAAAAUCUUCGCCUGAUCUUCAUCUCUUAUCGAAUCGACGCUAACCCAGAGAGCCAACUUACCUCUGAACAAUUGACGGAUUUGAGAGUGUUUACUGGGGCGCGGGUGAUAUAUGCGUUGACUGCUCCGACAGUUGUCGGUGCGGUUAGCCAGACGAAUGCGUUUGAUUACAGGAGCUUUCCCGGCCGCAGCCAUUUCGGAGCUCCGUUGAGUAAUGUUGAAAUAAAAUUAAUCCACGAUAAAGAGGAGGAUGCCAGCAAGCAUGGAAGACUGGCAGACGGAAAGAUAUUUGUAACCGGUCCCGCUACUGUCGGAGGAAAGUCUUUAUUGGAAGCCCGAGGAUACUUCAACGACGAUUGCACACUCUCUCUGUCUUAAUUGAAAUGCAUAUCUGACACCUUUAUUCACUCGCUCCUAUUCCCGAAUGAAUUGUAUUCCGAGCGACUUUUUGGUUUUUUUGCUUCGCCAUGCUUCAUUUCGCUUUCUUGCCAUUGUCAGUGUAAAUGGUCUGGAUGAAUCCAUUUUUAUUUUCACGAUUGUGCACCCUGAAUAAGGAAGGUAAUGUUGUAGUAAAAUUGCAUCAUCCAAUAAAUUUGUCCAACUUAUUCUACACCUCGCACAAAAAUAUAUCUAAAGUGACAAAAACAAGAAACUAUGAGAGAAAAAAUGACAAUUCUCGUACAUUUGUUAAUGAUACAGAUUGGUUUUGGAAAACACACAAUUCUACCACUCUUAAGCCCGGGCACCAUCAGCUGGAGUUCCCAGUUCGCUUAGCCGUUCCCUGAGAGCUUGGCUCAGCUUCCCAUCCUUCUUGAUUUCUUCCACUUGCAGGGCCAUCUCAAUACCCUUGCGUACAGAUGGAAGGUCGGUAACCUUCCGGAUAUUCUUCUUUGGGUAUUUGAUAGGAUCAAACAUUCCUCUCAGUACCCACGUGCCCAGUAAUUUCUCAGCGUAUGAACGGACGUCGCCCAGGGUGUCCUUGCCCCCGAAGGCAUCAAGAGCAUGAGCAGCACUUAAUUCUAACAGCACACUAAUAAUAUUCGGAUGUCGCCGUGGGUCCGGUUUCAUCUUAUCCACAGGUGCAUGGUCUUCAGAGUUCAUCAACACGGCAACGCGCUUAGCUUGUCUUAGCGCCGUCUCGACCUCCGCACCCUUAUAUCCCGCCGACUCAGCCUUGGUAUGGAGGUUCGAGAAGAGCAGCUCUGCCAGCACGUAGUCACCUAGUGAGAAGCCUGUGCGGUGAGAUUGCUCUGCACAGUCGAUGAUGACGGAAUUCAUCCCCGCUUCGCCCGCCUUGCGCACGAUGAAUUCCCAGAGGAGGAAAUUGGGGGUGCGUUUUGAGCUGUGUAGGCCCCUCAGCAGCGGGACGAGGGUGUGCCAAUCCU